ACCUGGGCGGCUCGGCCCAUGCAUUGCUGGCGGAUUUUUUCCAGUGCGUCCCUUCCAGCCGCCGGAGUAGCCGCAGCCGCGGCGAGUGGCGUCUUUUGGGCCGGCCCCGGCAGGAACGACGCAACGAGUGUUCCCGGCUUGUGUUCCCCGGCUCAGUGUGUCCUCCCUCGUGUCCCGUUUGUUGUGCGCCCCGGGUCCGGGUGUCCCACCGCCAAUCAGAGCCGUCGCCAUCGGCCCAGUGUGAGUGCUUAGUGGUGCGCGCUUUUCUUCGACUCCCCCGGUUAGCCAUGCCAUCCCGCCACGAGAGCCGUUGGUGCUAGUUUCGAUCAACUCUAAUUGCGGAGGCUUGGACGUCAUCAAAAUAACUUUUCCGUCAAAGAUAGAGCCUUGAUGUGAAGGGGAAUAACUAAGAUGAUAUAACGUGGAAAGGAAGAGAGCAGUUGAUGAGAACUUGUCUAAGUAGAGGGGCAUCGCGGGAAAAUUGCUUCAGUAAUGUUAAAGCUCAUUAAUGUCACAACAUGGAAAUUUUGCUGCAAUUUGAACUAAAGUCGGGUCCGGCCACGUUGUGGAAACAUUCCGGGAUCGCUGUGAGUCCGUUUCUCCUCCAAAAUCCGUGGAAAACUCCUAGCGGGAAGCACACUAUCGUAUUCUUCCUCAGCAAAUUCCUUCGUCCACUUUUCUGCAUGCGUAAAUCAACAAUUAAAGUGAAGCUGAAAAGGAGGCCAUGUUCCGGUUGCGCUAGCUUGAAAAGCCAGCAAGGCGCUGUUACCUGUGAUGCUGUGAGCCCCUCCGUCUGUGAUAUUAGCUCUAGUUUUAAAUUAUAUCUCGAUUCUUGGGAGUCGUGCCGUCACUGUCGGGAGUCACAAAGCGAGUGUCGGAAAUCACACGACAAACCUAGCGCGUCUCAUCGCGACUUAUACAAACCGGACGUUUCCCGUCGCAAGUCGCAUCGUGAGUGUUUCAAAUCCCACGGUAACUUUCGUGAGUCCAACGGCAAGUGUCAGAGAUCGCAAAAUCAACCUUGUGAGUCAUAUCGCGAUUUUUACGAGUCGGAUCGUGAGUGUUCCAAAUCGCAAGGUAACUUUCGUGGGUUGGACGUGGAUCGACUCGUGUCGGUUCACGAGUGUUACAACUCUAACGGAUCCUCGUGCGAGUCGCGCGAGAAGCGGCGAGACCCCGUUCGCAAGUGCUCCGAUUCUGCAACGGUCACAAACGGUCGUGAGUCUUGCGAAUCCUUCGGGCACUGUCGAGAACCCUUCUUCGAAUUUUCCGAGACUCGUCAAAAACCCGUCUGCAAGUCCUCUAGAAAAGGUAGAAAACCCUGCCGCGAGUUUUCUGAUAACUGUCAAGAAGCCGUCUGCAACUCCUCUGAAAACAGUCUAAAUUCCUUUCGCAAUCUAGCUGAGAACUGUCAAGAAGCCGUCUGCAAGUCCUCUGGAAACAGUCUAAAUUCCUUUCGCGAUCUUUCUGAGAACUGUCAAAAAUCCGUCUGCAAGUCCUCUAGAAAGGGUCGAAAUCCCUUCUGCAAGUUUUCCGAGAACUUUCAAGAAGCCGUCUGCAAGUUCUCUGGAAACAGUCGAAAAUCCUUCCGCGAGUUUUCUGAGAACUGUACAGAGUCCGUCUGCAAGUCCUUCGCGAACUGUCGAGUAGCCGUCUGCAAGCAUUGCAACUGCGGAAAGUGCGAGGUGCGUGCGGGUAGUGAAGGGCGGAGCGGGUCAUGGAGCCGGUGCGGUACUACGGGCCGCGUUACGGGCGGCGGCAGAAGUCCUGGAGCGAGAAGUGCGAGGAUUACCUGCGUCAGUUCGUGGCGUUCCUGUUCAGCAACAUAGGGAUCAUCUGCCUGGUGGUGGGCUACACGAUCGGGGGCGCGGUGAUGUUCCAGUACAUCGAGGGCCCGCUGUACAGCUCCCGGGUGCAGAACAUAGUGGAGUUCCGGAACCGGACGGCCGACGUCCUGUGGGAGCUCACCUGCUGCUCGGUGAACGUCUUCUCGGAGCAGGAAUGGCGGGAGCGCGUCAACGCCAGCCUCAUGGCCUACCAGCGCAAGAUCAUCGAGGAGGUCCAGAAGUUCGGCUACGAGGGCGAGGACUUCCACUCCAACCGUUGGUCCUUCGCCGGUGCUUUCCUCUACUCCCUCACCGUCAUCACGACCAUUGGUUAUGGUAACAACGUUCCACGCACAGUGUGGGGAAAGCUGGUGACGAUCCUGUACGCGAUCGGGGGUGUUCCUCUGUUCCUGCUGUAUUUGUCCAACAUCGGUGACCUGCUGGCGACGAGCUUCAAGUGGAUUUACGCCAAGUGCUGUCUCUGCAGAGGCUGUCCCUACAAGAAGAGAGCCUCGAGGAUGGCUCGCAGACACAACUCCAGGGGAUCCGGUCACUGGCAGGAUGAAAUAGGUGAAACAACAGAGGGAGAGGACAGCGAUGACGAAGAUAGUAUCUCCUUCAACGGCGACCCCCAGACGGUUACUGUACCUGUGUUUCUCUGUUUAAUCAUCAUGGUCGGGUACGUGGUGGGCGGGGCGACGCUGUUCUCCAAGUGGGAGGACUGGGACCUGCUGGACGGCUCGUACUUCUGCUUCAUCUCCCUCUCGACGAUCGGCUUCGGGGACAUCGUGCCCGGGGACAAGAUCACCGGCGGCGGGACCUCCGGAGACGGCUCCGGCGGAGGCGGCGGAGGCGGCCCCGAGGCCAUGAUCGAGCUCAGCUUCAUCUUCUGCUCCCUCUACCUCAUGCUCGGCAUGGCCCUCAUCGCCAUGUGCUUCAACCUCAUGCAGGAGGAGGUCGUCCACAAGAUCCGCACCUCCAUCCAAGUGCUCAAGCGGAUCACUCACUGCUCCAGAUAACUGAAACUCUGAGCCUUGAGCAGCCGGCAGAAGCGAUCAAUGGCGGGAGAAUUCUGUCAGUAUCGGAUUCCGGACUAUCGCCAUCAGACAAAUACGAACAGUGGUUCCUCCACCUCAUCCAGUGAAGAGACUUGC